AUGGGAGAUUUACCGGCAUCCAGAGUCACUGCGGUAGAAAGACCAUUCAUAAAUACAGGUGUCGACUACGCAGGCCCGAUUCACGUUCGUACUACAUCGGGACGAGGACACAAAUCGCACAAAGCUUACAUUGCAGUUUUUGUUUGUAUGGCAACAAAGGCCGUCUAUUUAGAUCUCGUAAGCGACUAUACAUCAGCCGCAUUCCUAGCAGCUUAUACGGGAUUUGUGUCCCGACGCGGAAUUCCAAAAUCCAUGUAUUCAGACAAUGGAACGACUUUUCAAGGAGCAAACAAGGAACUGAGAAAAGCUCACCGAGAAUCUCUACGAGAUACCAAUCUCCAUAAUAAGCUCGCCGUGGAUGGGGUCGCUUGGCACUUUUUACGCCCAUCAGCACCUCAUUUUGGAGGGUUGUGGGAGGCAGCGGUGAAAAGUGUUAAGCACCAUUUACGCCGAUCCAUCGGUACUCAUACACUCUCCUUUGAGGAAUUAACCACAGUACUGUGUCGUAUCGAAGCCGCAUUAAAUUCUCGUCCGCUCAUCGCCAUGUCUGAUUGCAUCGAUGAUUAUAACGCACUUACACCAGGUCAUUUCUUGAUUGGAUCGGCCUUAACCUCAAUUCCGGAACCAAGCGUACUACAAUUAAAAGAAAACCGACUGUCACGUUGGCAGUUAAUCCAGCGAAUAACGGAAACCUUUUGGAAAGCGUGGCAUACCGAAUACUUACAUACUCUUCAUCAACGUCCGAAGUGGAGAGUCGCGCAAAAUCUCACAAAAAUCGGUCAGCUUGUCCUCUUGCGAAAUGAAUGCACUCCACCAGCACAAUGGGAAUUAGCACGCAUAAUAGAUUGUCACCCCGGUACCGACGGGAUAAUUCGCGUCGUAACCAUUAAAACAGCGAACUCAACGUACAAGCGACCCAUUUCGAAAUUACGUUUCUUGCCGAUUGACAUUAAUGUCGAGUCUGACGCCCAACAAAGUUCUUGA